GAACAAAAUCAAAGCCUGGAAUUGAGAGCGGAGCCGACUCUGCAGGGACAGGUCGCCCCGCCAUGUCGCUGAGGAGCCGCGGACACGAAGGUCGAAUCGGUGUACGAGGAACCACAACGCGUGCGCGCGGUCGCGGUCGUGGUCGAGGGCGAGGGCGAGGCCGAGGCGGAUCUUCGAAAUUCGAAGUUUGGGAAUGGGAAAAUUAUACCCCCAAUCGCGAGAUAUAUGACUCGCUUUAUCUCCUCCGCAAGGCCCCGCCUACGAUUACCCCAAGUCUCUCCGUCGAUUCCCCGAUACCGCAUACUCAGUCUCGGAUCUUAGGUCGUCAGUCCAUUCUCGUCGAGGGCGCAACGCGACAAGUGUAUCGUGUGCGGGUGCGGUACUUUCGUCCAAACCCCAACGCCGAGGACAAGAACGAGUCACUGAGUCAGUGCUGGAGAGAAGAAUUGGAAGAUGUGGAUAUAAGUCAGAUUCUGGAUGUCGUCUCUCAGCGUGAGCUCGAACGAUAUGAAAAUGCGGAGUUCAAAGCGCAAGCCGAGGCCGAGGCGAUCGCUCGACGUCUAGAGAUGGAAGAGCGUGAACAGAGGAGGUUGGAGAGGAAUGCUCGUCCCCUGGGUGCAAUGCGGGGUAGAGGAUAUUCUGCGCUAGGAUCUGAAGUGCCCGGCCUAUCUGUAAGAUCUCGAGGACGAGGAAGAGGUAGGGGCAGGGGUAGGGGAAGAGGCAGUGUACGUGGAAGGGGACCGGGAAUUGAUGCGCAAUCUAUCCUUACGGAAGAGGGACCUCUCAAGGAAGGACAAGAAGAAGAAAGCGAUGGCGAUCGAAAUUUGGCCCUACUACAACUCAGCAUCGAUCGCGAGGAGUCUCUGCAGCGAAUUAUUGCGGAUGCUGAACUGGACUCUGUCGAUGAAGACGAAAACGGAGCAGAGAUCUUGAGUGUGAAAACAUCUUCGCCUGGUCUCAUGCGCUCUACGUUUGUCGCAAAUAGCGCACUUCCUACCUCACCCCUCACUAUUCUCCGCGGGCGGCCCGAAGUGCCAGAUAUCGACGAGACCGACGAGGAAGAAGAUCCACAACCAACCAUCAGGCGACACUUACUGAAUGGGGCACAUCGACCCAAAGUAGUAUACAAUUCAGAAGAGGCCAGCGGAGGAGAGAGCAUAUCCCCGCCUCCCAAAAGGCAAAGGACAGAAAGUCAAGGGCCAUUUCGCAGGCCGCCAUCCAACGAUGGUCUUUAUGGGACCCAAAUUUCAGACACAGACUUGAUGGAGAACUUAUAUUCUGCAUACGAUGCGCCGGAGUCGCAUGCAACACCUGCUACUGAACCUUUGAGAAAUGGGGAGAGCACGACGGACAUUCCUCAAAAUGGCAUGAAUCGCCCUAAACCAGAAUCCGAGUUGGACGAGAAAAUUAUCGAUGAAUCGGAGGAAGAAUAUGUUGUCGAAGCCAUCUUGGACCAUAUACUUGAAUCUGGUAUCAGAUACUAUCUUGUGAAAUGGGAAGGAUUCAAAGACGCCAAAGAUUGGCUCACAGAAGACCAACUCGAGGGCGCUGGUGAGAUGGUACAAGAGUAUAAUGAAAAGGUCCGUCGCCGAGAAAAGAAGGCCAGGAAGUUGGAUACUCUUAUCUGACACGUUAUCGUUCUCCUUCCAAACUUCGAGAAGUUUGUUAUUCCUGUUCAUUUUUAGAUACCCCUGCUUCAAUUACUUUUCCAUCCAGCGCUCACCGCGCGAAAACAACAGGCCCAAUUUUGAUACUUGAUUGACCUUCCAAACAUUUGCCACUGAAUACGACC